GAGCAUGGUGCAUUUCCGUUUGCUCUCAGCGCGCGGAAUGUGGGAACUCACGCCAUGGAACUACGGGGCGAUCUCAAGACCUCCACUCGGCACAUCGCACAGCUGGGAAGGCAGAACCAGUGGGCUGAAGCUCUGCGGUUCCUGGAGCAAGUGCCUCAGCCCAACGCCUUCGUCUACAGCGCCGCCAUCAGCGCCUGCGAACGGAGCCACUGCUGGCAGCAUGCGCUGCAACUCCUGGAGGACAUGGGUCAGCGCCGGGUGCGCGCGGACGUGGUGUGCUGCGGGGGACUGCUGAGCGCCUGUGAGAAGGGCCAGCAGUGGCCAGGUGCGCUGCAGCUGCUGCAGGACAUGCGGGAGGCCCAGAUUUUGCCCAACCUCAUCUCCUACAGCUCAGCUUUGAGUGCCUGUGAGAAAGGCCAGAAGUGGGAGCACGCCCUGCUGCUCUUCUGGGCCAUGACGCAGGAAGGCCUGGAGCAGGAUGUGGUGUCCUGCAGCGCAGCCAUCAGCGCCUGCGAGAAGGGCCAGCAGUGGUCGACGGCUCUCUCGCUGUUGGCGGCCAUGCUUUCGCAGCGCAUUUCUCCGAAUGCCUACACCUUCAACUCUGCCAUCAGCGCUUGCGAGAAAGGCUUGCAGUGGGAGUGCGCCCUGCAGCUCCUCGAGGAUAUGGCGAUAAACCUUCUGCCUGACACCAUCACCUUUGCUGCCGCACUUAGCGCGUGCCAGAAGUGCCUUCGCUGGGAGCCUGCGCUGGAGCUGUUGAAGGAGAUGCGGCGGCGUGGGGUUCAGGAGGGUUUGAUGACCUACAACGCGGCGAUGAGCGCCCUCUGUCAGAAUUGGAAGCUGGCGACCUCCUUGCUGCGACAGCUUCAGGAGUCCCUGCUGGUGCCGGACGUGGUGUCCUUCUCGGCGGUGGCGAGCGCCUGCGAUCGAGCCGGGCGCUGGGAAAGCGCGGUGCGGCUGUUCGAGGAGCUGCAGGAGCUGUCCACCGUGCCCAACAUGGUCUUCUGCAGCCACGCCAUCGGCGCGUGUGCCACGUGCAGCGCCUGGCGCCCGGCGCUGCAGCUGCUGCAGCAGGCGGAGGACCUGGGUCUUGAGGUGGAUGUGGUUGCCUGCACUGCUACGUUGGAGGCCUGUUGUCAGGGCGGGCAAGUGCCCUUCGCCCUGCAGCUGCUGCAGGACAUGCGAAGGCACGCACUGCGGCCAAAUGUGGUGUCCUACGCAGCGGUGCUCGGCGGAUGCGAGCGCCACCAGAAGGCCCCAGAGACGCUCUGCUUGCUGGGGGAAUGCUUGUCGAGCGCUUUGGCGAUGAUGCCGAGCAUUGCGAGCUCGCGCCGCGGCGGGGCUGGCAAAGCGACGUCUCUGAUCGAGGGUGAGGCCGCCAGCUACGGCGCCACUGGGGCAGCCAACGGAUCCAAGACCGGCAUCUUCCGCUUCAAGUGGUCUUGGCCCAGCUGCCCCUUGAGCCCACCCCUCGUGGCGGAAUGCCUGGGCACCUUCUGCUUGGUCCUGGCAGUGGGUUGCUUGGUCACCGGCCCCGGGCCGGCACCCUGGGUGCCCACCGCCAUCGCGGCCGUGCUCAUGGUCAUGGUGUACGCCACCGGCCCCAUCUCCGGCGGGAACCUGAACCCCGCGGUGUCGCUGGCCCUGGCCAUCUCCGGCAAGCUGACCUGGACGCAGAUGCUGAAGUACUGGGCCGCCCAGCUGCUGGGCGGCUUCCUGGGCGCGGGGGCCUACCGGGGCCUCUGCUACCCCAACUUCGUGAUGGUGGCGCCCAUCGCCCCCUUCGGCCCAGGCUCGUGCUUCACUGCUGAGCUCAUCUACACCUUCAUGCUGUGCUUUGUGGUUCUGAACUGCGCGGCAUCGCGCCGCAACAAUCCGAAGGACGACCCCAACCAGUUCUUCGGCCUGGCCAUCGGCUUCGUCAUCGUGGCCGGGGGCCACGCGGUGGGGGGCGUGUCUGGGGCCGCGCUGAACCCGGCGGUGGCGUUGUCGCUGGGCACCACCUCUGGCAAGGACAUCUACUGGCCCUGGCUGUGGAGUGCGGCGGAGCUCUUGGGCGCCGCCGUGGCGGCGGGCGCCUUCCGGCUGCUGCGGGGGGAGGAGUUCGCCCAGGAUGCCACUGAAGAGAGCCUCGAGAAGCACGAGACAGGACUCCUCAUGUGCUGCGCGGCUGAGUUGUUGGGCACCUUCAUGCUGGUCUUCACAGUGGGCAUGAACUUGGUGGCCACCUCCCCCUCCGUCGCCUUCUCCGCGGCCGCCGCGCUGAUGUGCAUGAUCUACUCCUUGGGCAACAUCUCUGGCGCGCAUCUGAACCCCGCAGUGACCCUGGCGGUCACGCUUCGGGGCAAGUGCUCCUAUGGCAAGGCGGCCUGCUAUGUGCUGGCUCAGCUCCUGGGCGGCAUCUUUGCGGGACUCUCCUACGCUGCCUUCCAUGGGGUGUCUUCCAACAACCGCAAGUCCAUUCAGCUCGCCUUCGGGAAGCACUAUGACAUCUGGCAGGCCUCCUUCGCGGAGCUUCUGUUCACCAUGAUCCUGGCCUACGUGGUGCUGGCGGUGGCCACCACGGAGAAGCCGGCGGAAUGGAAGACCAAGCAGAACUUCUACUUCGGCCUGGCCAUCGGCUCCUGCGUCACCGCCGGAGGCUUCGCCGCCGGCGCCAUCUCAGGUGGAGAGCUGAAUCCCGCCGUGGCCGUGGGCAUCUACCUGGCGAACGUGGUGAACCCGGGCCGCCUGGGCAUCGGGCCCUUCGUCAACCUGGUCUGCUUCUCGCUCUUCCAGCUCCUUGGGGGUGCCUUCGCAGCCGGGCUCUUCCGCCUCACCCACGGAGGAGCUGCGGGCAAAUCCAAGGAGGAGGAGAAGAUCGUGGAAGCUGAGGCACCGGCGGAGACCGUGCUGGAGGCCUAG